AUGGCUAUACUAAACUUUCAAGGCUCUCGUUUGCAUGCUGAAAAUAUCUUUGUUACCAGUAACAAGGCCUCUAUGGGCCAGGAUCAAGUACAUAAGUUUAUCAAUGUCUGUCAUGGAUUCAAGGAUGUAAAGAUUCAUUCUUUUAAGCUGAAGGAGCUAAGCAUUACCUAUUUUAGAUACAAAGAUGGUUCAGUUGAGAUUGCUUGUCCAAGUCUUGGGUCAUUACAGAUGAUUCGUCUUGAUCCUGAAAACUUAAAGAUGAAGCAACAGUACUCUAUCUACCCAUUUUCAAUUUUCCUUCUUUUCCUAUAUUAUACCAUUACCUUUGCCCAGUCACCAGCAGCGGCCCCAGCACAGGCACCGGCAGUGGUCGUAGCACCACCUCCAGCUGCAACCCCUACACAGGCAGCUGCACCACAUGGCAUCACCAAUGUCACCAAAAUCCUCGAGAAGGCUGGCCACUUCACGACCUUUAUUCGCCUUUUGAAAUCCACCCAAGAGGAAAACCACUUGUUCUCUGCCCUUAAUGAUUCAAGCUCUGGUGUAACCAUCUUUGCACCGACGGAUAGUGCAUUUUCAGAACUCAAAUCGGGAACUCUCAAUAGUCUGGGUGAUGGGGAGAAGUCUGAGUUAGUGAAGUUCCAUGUAGUUCCUACAUUCUUAUCGACUUCUCAGUUCCAGACAGUAAGUAACCCUCUAGGAACAUGGGCUGGAACAGGUAAUAGAUUACCACUUAAUGUCACAAGUUAUCCAAACUCGGUGAACAUAACCACAGGACUUACCAAUACAAGUUUAUCCGGAACGGUAUACACUGACAACCAGCUAGCCAUUUAUAAGAUUGAGAAGGUGCUACUUCCUAAGGAUAUUUUUUCUUCAAAUGCUCCAGCUCCAGCACCGGAAGCACCUGCACCAGAAAAGCCUACGAAGGCGGUUCCUGCAGCUAACGUUGACAGUCCUGUGGUUCCUGUCGAUAUAUCUAGUGCAUCUAUGUUUAUGCACAUUAAUAAGGUUGGAUCAGUUGGUAUAGUUGCUGCUGCAAUGUUUGCUAUGUAA